AUGACGGAGGCGAGUGCAGGCGGCGCGGGGCCGGGCCUCCGGGCGUCGUGCUUCCGCGGGAGCGCCCGGGGCGGACGCGGGGACCAGGCGUUGUACGAGCGGAUCGUGACCCGGCUGCGCGCUUCGGGGGUGCUCACCGAGCACGUGGCGGACACGAAGCUGGGCGAGCGGGUGAUUGUGGCGGAAGUGACCCAGCUCCUUGGGGUCGGCUAUGAGGUGGGCCGGGCCGUGGCCCUCAGUAAGCGAAUCCUGUGCCUUCCCCGGUCUGGCCUAGGUCAGCACGCCAGGCCCUGGGUGGCCCCCCCUCCUCCCCAGCUGAGGACCCAGCCCUCAGCUCCCUUUCCUGGGGGGCUGAGCAGUGCUAUCCCCAACGAGGGCUGGGGGAGAGGACGGAGGAGGGGGUGUGGGCGGCACCUCCACUGCCCCUGCCCGCCCAGUGCCGUCAGCCAUGACCCGGGAGCGCGGACGGCCACGGUUCCAGGUGUGGGACUACGAGGUGGGCGGGGUGGAGGUCAUGCUGGAUCGAUACUCUGCCACGUGUCCUCCGAGCAGCUGGCUUCCUCCCGACCCAGCCAUGUGACUUCACCCUUCACUAAAUUCUUCCGAUCCCUUCCUGCAAAGCCCAGCAUCACGUUAAAAGGCAUGUCUGCACUUCCAACUUCCGUCUGUGUGCGGGGCAGGGCGGGCAGGGCCUCAGCGGUGUGUCGUCGUCCCCCCACCCCCCACCCCGCCGCCUUCACUCCGAGAUGCAGAGAAAACCUGUGA